AUGGAUAGUACCCCUGACAUUGCUACUACUUUGGCCACUAUGUCAAGAGGUCUGGGAAAAGUUGUUGAUCAUGCCGUCAUUGGAGCCCCAGAUCUUUAUUCUCCUGGUAUGCCUAGCUCUUUCUUUUCUAAGGGAAGAAAUAGAAAAUGGAGCUUUAUUGAUGAAUCUUCUCUGGUUCUUGGCUUGGGCCAUUUAUCAAGUUCUUGCAUUAGCAUAUGCUCUGGGAAAGUAAUGGAAGCGGAGUCUUCGGUCGAUCUUGAUCUCAGCAUCAACUUCAACCGAGGAGGUCACAGAAUAUCCAAUCAAAAGAUGGCGUCUGCUGGGACUUCAAAUGCACUUGAAGUAAGGAGGCCUAAAUUAGAUCUCGAAUUAAGUCUGUCUACUGGACCUGCUGAAUCUGAUUUUACUGCUGUUCAAGGGUUCAGUCCUUAUGAGAAGAUUUCUGAGUCACCAGCCUCAGUCACUUCAGCCCAAGUUGUUGAUUCAAUAUCAUCUCAGUGGAAAACUGGGUUUCAUGUUUCUACAUUGCCGAAUAUUCCUAAUUUUGUUCCUGUUGACCAUAUCCAUUGCUCUGGCAAUCCUAUUCAGGUGACCCCAAAACUUCCAUUCAGUGGAUUGGUUAAUCAGCAACAGAAAAGGAGAACCAGCGUGAAAAUUUGCCGGUUUGAAGGAUGCAUAAAGGGAGCAAGAGAUGCUUCUGGUCUCUGUAUUGCCCAUGGAGGUGGGAGGAGGUGUGAGAGAGCUGGUUGUCAGAAGGGAGCCGAAGGAAAAACUAUUUUCUGCAAGGCACAUGGAGGUGGUCGCCGGUGCCAGUAUCUUGGAUGCACUAAGAGUGCGAAAGGCCGUACUGAUUACUGUAUAAGGCAUGGAGGUGGUAGGCGUUGCACUCACGAGGGUUGCCCUCAUGCAGCAAGAGGUAAGACGCGAUUUUGUAUUCGUCAUGGGGGCGGCAAAAGGUGCAAGAUUGAAAAUUGCACUAAGAGUGCUGAGGGUAUUACUGGUCUUUGCAUAACCCAUGGAGGCCGCGGUCAGUGCCAAUAUCCUUGGUGCCCAAAGGGUGCUCAAGGGAGUACAAUGUUCUGUAAAGCUCACGGCGGUGGCGGAAGGUGCACAUUUUUGGGGUGCACAAAAAGUGCAGAUGGGAGCACUCCAUUCUGUAAAGGCCAUGGCGGGGGCAAAAGAUGUCAACUUAAAGGGGGUACAAAGACCGAGCAUGUGGGAACUUUAUUUUGUGUUUGUCAUGGUGGUGGCGAGAGAUGCACUGAACUUGAGUGUACCAAGAGUGCAAGAGGGCGCACCAACUAUUGUGUUCGUCAUGGUGGUGGAAAAAGGUGCAAGCUCGAAGGAUGUACAAAGAGUGCACAAGGUAGAACUGAUUUUUGCAAAGCACACGGUGGGGGAAAACGAUGCACUUGGGGACAUUUAGGUUCAGGAUAUUGCGGUAAAGGUGCCAGUCCAUGUGACAAGUUCGCUACCAGGAAAUCUAGUCUGUGCACUGAACACAGUGCUCAAAUAGAAAAUAAACAGAUCCACGAGAAUGUUAUAAUGGUUUCUAGCACACAGGAUCCACGUUCUUGUACAUUUGCACAGACCAAACAGACUUUUGCAUCUGGACAAAAUCUUUCUGAUUGCAUUGAAACUAUGGAAUUUGGGACUCCUUCAAUUGGUUAUGGACACCAAUCGAUUUCUAUGUCAAUUCCACUGCAGGUUGGAAAUGUUUGCUCGAAUAAUUCCUAUCAUCCAGAAGGCAUGGUGCAUGAAGGACUCUUAAUGGAAAUGCUCAGAUGA